CCAAAAUAUUAUAAUCUUGAUAGUUGGUAUGCUUAUUUCUUCUUAGUUCGUCUCCGUAUGGCCAUGGCGUAUACUAUUAUGUAUAGGUGUAUGACUCUUUACUGUGUAAGAAUCAAUUAAUUUUUCCAUUCGUUAAUCGUUUAGUUAUCUUUAGUCCGGCGUGGAUGGUCGUAUAAUUGUUUUAUUAUUUAAUAAACGAGCGGGCGCGAGUCACAUACAUUUUUUUUCGUCAGUUUUAUUCUUCAGAUAAUCUGUACAAUUGCAACUGUAAAAAUAUGGCGAUUCAAAGGAAAUAUCUUCUUAGGUACAUUUCAUUGAUAAAUUAUCUACUGAAGUCGUGUUUUAGCAGAACCAAAUCUCUAGUCAUACAGUCAACAAUGCUUCAUGAUCUUAGAGUAAACAUCCUUUUUGGAACUGAAAUACAAUUCAAAUGCGUUCCCGACAAUAUAUUGGAAAAGCUAGUUACACAUAAUUAUGACAAUAUCACUAUUCUGAAACAUAAUUUAGAAAUUCACAAUUGUUUAUUUGUUAGCCAAGAAACGUUAAGCAAACUAAAAUUGAACAACAUGCAAUGGGUGCUAGUCAAUGUUAAAACUACUGGUUCUCACAGUCUACCUUUAUCACACUAUAACAGAAUAAUAGUGUUAAACUCAUAUAAAGAAUCUGAGUGUUUUCUAACUUCAACAAAUUUAUUUAAUCUAUGUAAUUGCAAUCAUACAUAUAAAGUUUGUACGUUGAGAAUUAUUAAACCGUUUAAAGACUUUGAGCCAAAAAUAACACCAAAAGUAUCAAUAUCUGUGAUGAAACCUUUGGUAUUUAACCCAGAUACACAAAAACUAUUGGAUAAAAUACUUUACUAUUAUUUUUCCUUACCAAAAUAUGUAUCAAUAGGAGAUAUAUUAAAAUUGGAUUUAAAAAAAACUUACCCCGAAACAGAAUAUUUAGUGGAACCUACUAGUAGUACAAUUUACUACAUUAAAAUUAUUGAAGUUGAAGAAAAAAGUGUGCAAGUAAAUUUAUACAACUGUAAAAAUAAAUUUUACAUAUCUAAUUUACAUACUAAAUUAAAUGAAGUUCAAUAUUCAACCAACACAUAUUUCCCUAUGGAAAAAGAAUUUGCUGUAAAUAAUUUAAAAAAUGUGUGCAUAAACAAUUUCAAUGAUUAUAUUUUGAACAUAUUUCCUGGUGGGAUGAUUGAUGAAGGAGAAUCAAUUGUGUCAAUGAUAAAACCAUUUAUUCAACAAAGUUAUACAGAUUUUCAAUGUUUAAAACCAAUUUUUUUAGUUUAUGGAGUAAAUGGAUGUGGCAAAGAAUUAUUAAUUCAAUCAGUAUCAAAAUAUCUUGGAAUACAGUACAUAUCUCAAUGCUGUUAUAACUGGCCUACAAAUAAUAUUGCUCAAUUUAAAAAAAAAAUAGAAUGCUUUUUUGAUGAUGUUAGAAAAAUAACACCAUGCCUAUUACACUUAGAAAAUAUUGAAGCUUUAUGUUUAUCUUCUACUAAAGAUCUAGAACAAGAAAUUUUGGAUAUAUUUAUCAGACAAAUAAAUUUCAAAACCAAUAAUCCUAUAAUAAUUAUUGCUACUGCAAACUCCAAAGAGGAACUAAGUCCUKUUUUUUUAAGACUUUUCUUGCAAAGUCAACAAGUCGGAAAUUUAAGCAAAAGAAAUCGAGAACAAUUAUUGAAAUGGAUAUUGAAAAGAGAUUCUGUAGCAUUAGAUGAUAUAAUGAUUAAAAAAAUUAUAGAUCAUACUUCUGGGUUCAAUUAUAUAAAUUAUAUGACCAUGCUGCUAUUAUCUGUAAAGAAUCAUAUGUCUAUACAUAAUAUUAAAUCUACAGAUGUCAUACUGGAAGAAUCAGAUAUAAUGCUUUCAAUAGAAAAAAUAAAUUUGAUGUUCACAAAAUCAAUUGGUGCGCCAUCAGUACAAGUUGUAAAGUGGGACGAUGUUGGUGGUUUAAUAAAUGUGAAAGAAGAAAUUAUGUCUGCAUUGAAACCUUCAACAUUUAAUAUGAGGAGAUCAGGAAUAUUAUUAUAUGGUCCACCUGGAACUGGAAAAACAUUAUUAGCAAAAGCUGUGGCAACUGAAUGUAAAUACAAUUUUUUAUCAAUUAAAGGCCCUGAAUUACUCAAUAUGUAUAUUGGACAAAGUGAAGCUAAUGUACGAGAAGUGUUUAACAAGGCUCGUUCAGCUGUACCGUGUAUUUUGUUUUUUGAUGAACUUGAUUCAGUUGUAUCACAAUUACUAACCGAAAUGGAUGGAAUGACAUCAGAAAACCAACAAAUAUUUGUAUUGGGUGCUACAAAUCGACCAGAUCUCAUAGAUUCUGCACUUUUACGCCCAGGAAGACUUGAUAAAAGUGUUUAUGUUGGUGGAUGUAAUGAUAAAGAAUCAAAGCUGCAUGUCUUAAAAGCAUUGACUAAAAAAUUUCACUUGUAUUCAAAUUUUCAUCUAGAAGAUUUAAUAGAUCAUUUACCAGAUCAAGUAACAGGGGCUGAAUUGUAUGGUAUGUGUCACAAUGCAUGGCUAAACUGCGCAAGAAGAGUUAUCCAAAAACAAUUUACACAUAUUAAUGACAAACAAAGUACAACUGAUGACAAUUUAAUGGUAACCGAAGAAGAUUUCAUGAAAGCAAUGAGUGAAAGUUUUACAUAACUAAAUAUCUAAAAAGAUGAAAUAAAUAAGACUGAUCUUAUUUUUAUGAUUUAAAAUUUAAUGUAUUUUAACCAUUUAAACAUUUUUUAGUGUAAAGAUUUGUGAUCUUUUACAACACAUUUUAAAGGUGUUCAUAAAUAUUAAAUAAAUAAACUUUUUUGGUAAAUAUAUGUUGGGGUUAUAAUAUGUUUUACUAAUUAGUAUAAAUCAUAUAGUGUUUGGCGCCCUAUGCCUUGAGUAGUUGAAAUGUUGCUGGAUUGGUCAUAAAAUCCUUUCAUGUGUUGUCUCUGUCUUACAAACGUAUAACAGCAAAAUCUGUUUAGCGCGGGACAACU